CCAUGCUGCUCGCGCGCUGCGCCCGCCUGCUCACGCCCCACUUGCUGCUCGCGCUGCUGCUGCAGCUGUCCCCAGCCCGAGGCCAUCGCACCACGGGCCCCAGGUUUCUAAUAAGUGACCGCGAUCCUCAGUGCAACCUACACUGCUCCAGGACCCAACCUAAACCCAUCUGCGCCUCCGACGGCAGGUCCUACGAGUCCAUGUGCGAAUACCAGCGAGCCAAGUGCCGAGACCCGACCCUGGGCGUGGUCCAUCGCGGCAGAUGCAAAGAUGCUGGCCAGAGCAAGUGUCGCCUGGAGCGGGCUCAGGCCCUGGAGCAGGCCAAGAAGCCUCAGGAGGCUGUUUUUGUCCCCGAGUGUGGCGAGGAUGGCUCCUUUACUCAGGUGCAGUGCCAUACUUACACGGGGUACUGCUGGUGUGUCACCCCAGAUGGGAAGCCCAUUAGCGGCUCUUCUGUGCAGAAUAAAACUCCUGUAUGUUCAGGUUCAGUCACCGACAAGCCCCUGAACCAGGGUAGUUCAGGAAGGAAAGUCUCUUUUCGCUUCUUUUUAACCCUCAAUUCAGAUGACGGCUCUAAGCCAACACCCACGAUGGAGACCCAGCCCGUGUUCGACGGAGAUGAAAUCACAGCUCCCACUCUAUGGAUUAAGCACUUGGUAAUCAAGGAUUCCAAACUGAAUAACACCAAUGUAAGAAAUUCAGAGAAAGUCCACUCGUGUGACCAGGAGAGACAGAGCGCCCUGGAAGAGGCCCGGCAAAAUCCCCGUGAGGGCAUUGUGAUCCCCGAGUGUGCCCCCGGAGGGCUGUAUAAACCUGUGCAAUGCCACCAGUCCACAGGCUACUGUUGGUGUGUCCUCGUUGACACGGGGCGCCCGUUGCCUGGGACCUCUACACGUUAUGUGAUGCCCAGCUGUGAGAGCGAUGCCAGGGCCAAGAGCACGGAGGUGGACGACCCCUUCAAGGACAGGGAGCUGCCAGGCUGUCCAGAAGGGAAGAAGAUGGAGUUUAUCACCAGUCUCCUGGAUGCUCUCACCACAGACAUGGUUCAGGCUAUUAACUCAGCGGCCCCCACUGGAGGUGGGAGGUUCUCGGAGCCAGACCCCAGCCACACCCUGGAGGAGCGAGUGGUGCAUUGGUACUUCAGCCAGCUGGACAGCAACAGCAGCAGCGAUAUUAACAAGCGGGAGAUGAAGCCGUUCAAGCGCUAUGUGAAGAAGAAAGCCAAGCCCAAGAAAUGUGCCCGGCGUUUCACUGACUACUGUGACCUGAACAAGGACAAGGUCAUCUCCCUGCCCGAGCUCAAGGGCUGCCUGGGUGUGAGCAAAGAAGGUGGUAGCCUUGGCAGCUUCCCCCAGGGAAAACGAGCGGGCACAAACCCAUUCAUAGGACGCCUUGUCUAAGAAGCAGAAAAUCAAAUGGCCAGUGGAGAGUCCAAGGAGACAAAAGAGACCACGAGACACCUAACCUUUAGCGCUGCCUGUGGCCCGGCCACCUCCCCUGUAACAUAAGUGGUGCCCACCAUGUUUGCACUUUUAUUUGCGUGUGUUGCUUCUGGUUUCGUUUGUAAACACCAAUUAUCUAAUGCCACGGUGAGACAAGGAAAGGGAAGAAAGACUUUAUUCUCUCUCUCAUUGUAAGGUUUUGGAUCUGCUACUGACAACUUUUAGGUCCUGGGGGGCGGGGGGGGGAGGGUUGUUGUUGGGAUUAAGAAGAGAUUUAUAUACUGUAUAUAAAUAUAUAUGUAAAUUGUAUAGUUCUUUUGUACAGGUGUUGGUUUGGCCGUUUGUUCAUUCCCCUACCUCUCCCUGCUUGUGGCCGUGGGUCUUCUAGUCCUGCAGUCCAGCCUCCCGGGACCUAGGACUCGAUCCUCCGCCUACCUGGGUUCCACUGAGGGCUGACUCUUAGGUGUGUGUGGAUGGGAGCCGUGGGACUGUGUUGUACACACCACCACCGGGUCUCUUUUGGUGGCAGGCGCCCACUGCCUCAUGCCAUUAGCUGUUAACCUUCUCAAGGGGCAUCGGGUUAGGGUUAGAUGGGCAUUGCCUCUGGAGAGGAGGAGAGCCAAGCUGACAUGUGGGCCAGCGUGAACUCCAGCUCUUCAGGGCCCCCUGGGUUUCUGUUAUCCAGAUCCCCAGAAGGCCCAGGAUAGGUAGCUGGGUAAAUUAAUCCUUAAAAGAGUUGAGUCAAGUCAGUUCAAGCCCUUCCAUUGUGUUUCACACCUGCUCUGUAGGUGGGGAGUGAGAGGGGCAGACACCGGGCAGGAGAGGAACAAAGACACGCAGCCCAGCCUUCCCGUGGGCAGAUGCUCGGUACCUGCGCGGUGCAGGGAAGAAGGCCACAUGAGAGGCCCCCUGAGCACGCUCUGCUCUGUCAACACUGGCAGACCAGGCUUCACCUCUACCCACAUCCCCGGCGGUCAGCUUGAGGCUGAGGCACGGCUUGGAUCAGCUGCCUUAAGGCUCACUCCACAGUUUUGUUGUCUUUAAACCCAACGUGGAGGUUACUCUUCCGGUUUGUUCCACUUCCUUACGGGCUUCCAGGCCUAAAGGGUCAAUUCUGCACGGUGCGUGGGGAUCGAACCUAGGAUCUGCGCAUGCUGCGUAAGCGUCCUACCACCUGAGCUCUCUAAAGGGCGAUUCCAGAAGUACCAUUCAUGUUGACUCUCCUUACUUAGGAUUCCCCUAGAGCAGGAAUAAUAACCCAGCUACAGGGAAAUCUAGGCCCGCUCUUUUUCAUACAGUGGGGCUGCCAGCCUUCAGGGUAGAUGCACGUCUUUCCUGGCCCAGGUGCCAUGCCCGUUCACGUGGCCUUUAGUCAUAGCAGCAGCCAACAGUGUUGCUUUCCGUGGGCAGCCGGUGCAGCAGUGAGGGAGGCCAGAGAGCUCAGAUGCGCUGCCCUUGUUGGGUACUUUUGGCAACGCAGCCUCAUCUUGUGUUCCAUCCCAGGAUCCCUGUCAGCACAUCUGCCUUGGCCAACCACCUUCCGUUUUUGGUUCUGGAAACCUUUUGGUCCGUUAGCACUGCUCCAGUGGGAGCAGGGGAGGGGGCCAUGGCUUACUUAGGACUUUAUCCAGUGGAGUUUCCCGGCCAGAAGAGGUUUCUGAAGCAGGUCACACAGGUUGUCUCGGGAUGGCCGGUGGCCCCAUCCUGACUGACAUGGUAAGGUGGAAAGGAAGUCCUCUUUUGGAGCCCCGACCAGAAAAUGCAGCACGAUGGAGCCUGAUGGACUUGGCAGAAGAUCCCAGCCUUACUUCCUGCCUGGGAAGAAGCACUCGCAUGGAGAAGGUGCCUCUGGGUACGAGUUAAGGAUCUGCCAGCCAUCUUCUCUCUCACAUGCACGUGUUAGGCCAUGCUGUGUGGUUUCCCCUGGUGAGGGAGGAAGGGAGGGAAGGAAGG